AUGGGAGUCACGAAUGCGAAGGACAACGCAAAGGGGGGCAUGCCGGGAAAGGUGAAUUCGGGCCGCGAGACUGAGGGGAAGCGCUUCCCCCUCCCUCCAAGUGGAGGAGGCAUAUCUACCCCUUCUGUCGCUGCGGAUCUCGCCGACAACUGGUGGUGGUUAUAUUUGGCGUGGUGGUUACACAUUUAUGUGGAGGCCUCGCCCUUACCUCUUGUUGGUACCUUUGAUAGUGCUGGGAUUGGCUUUGACUAUCUGGGGCAGUGGAGCCCCCUCCAGCCACGGGAAGACAUCGGCGUCUUCCGUCUCCGAGCUGGCAUCGAACUGCCGGGCGAUCGGGCCCUCCUGGAGGCUCAUCACGGCAGCAUGGUGCCGAAGGCCGCAGACAAGAACAACCCCAAGGCAGCCGGCAAAGGCAAAAGCAAGGGUGGAGAUACGCCUCAGACAUCCAAGAUCGACUUCGCUUUGCCAACGGCAAUGGUUACCUGCUUACAGGCCAUUACUUCCAGAUCUACGCAAGAUCUGUGGACGUCACCAACGGCGGUUCCUACAGAUCUUUCAGUAGAGCAGCAAGCACAAAGAAGGGCAUCGGCUGUGGGCAAACUUUCCAAGCGAAUAAAUGGAGACCUUCGUGCAAAAGAGGAACUUCGCACGGCCCUUCAGACGUGGAUGAGCACUAUUGGUUUGCACCUAGCCGGAUUGGCUCAGAGAGUUCGGGCACUCGGAGACAAAGUGGAUGUGGAUCUUGCCGAGGCCUGUCGAGAAAUGCAAGCGGCCCUAGCAGUACAGCCAUCCCUGGCCACCUCGGAGCAGGUUGCCACCGCCAUCGAUGCUAUCGGCAAGCCUAUUUGGUCAUUGCCUCAGGAGCAAGAAACACUCCGCCUCGCUGCCUCUCUUCGUGCAUUCAGUGUGGUGGAACUGCCCGCCAGAGGACCCGAUGGGAUGUCGGAGGUCAGUUUUGGGACUGCAGGUAUCGUUCCGUUUGGUACUGCAGAUUCUGCUAUGAAUGGAGCCGGUGCAGCGGCCAUGAUAUUCGAUGGGGGCGAAAGUGGAAGGCUGCUCCAUACUGGCGAUGCAUCCUCCGGUCACGCGAGGGUUCCUCCGAGUACUGCACCGGAUCGAGAUGCGCAUGCAGGCGUUCCCGAGGGAGUCGCUUCCCGGGCCAAGCGCUGGCGACGCAGGGAUGGUGCCGAAGCCAGCCGGCCAUCCAAAAGCCCGAGGAGAGAGGUUUUAGCAGGUGCUCCUUGGCCGGCUUCAGCCACCGGUACAACACCGGAUGCUUUGCAACGACAGCCACGAACACAACUCCUGGAGGUCGAAGAGUCUGUACACUCUACGGAAGAUUCUGGGCUAACUUGGGAGUCCGCAUGGCAGCAAGUGUUACAGUUCGCCCUAGAACAUGGGACAGCGAUGGUUGGCGAAGUCAUUCGCGACUCUCAGCAAGACGCGGUCCUGCCGUUGCAGGACGACAGCCCAGAAGACAGGGCCGAUCUCCUGGCGGCAGCCGAAGAGCUAUGGAUGGUUCUUCAAGCAGCGGCGGGCUUGGCAGAUGCCGCGGCCGUCCCCUCUUUAUGUGUGCGAUUGCAAGAACUCCUCAAUCGAGUUCGGCAAUGCCCCAGUGCGCUCAGUGGCAUCAGACAAGGGACGCUGCUGAUGGCACAAAUCACGGUCGGGAACCUGCUCGAUCCAUAUUCUUAUGCUCCGACAACUGCCCAAGAAUGGCUGUUUCCAGCAGCUAUCGCCGAGCAUGGGGCACUUGCACGGGGGCACAUCGCGACCAUGCCCUCGGCUUCGCAGGCCAUGACCGCUCUGCUUGCCAAAAGAUGCCCUGCCCUCCUUCGAAUACCAGACGAUGGCGUUCCAGACUUGCUUUAG